AUGGAUUUUAUGGAUAAUAAUCAAUCAGUGUCUAUGUAUGAGGCAGCAAUUGAUGGUAAUGAACAAUACUUUGAUAACUUGCUUUUAAUAAUGAAAAAUAAUGGCUUAUCUAUAACAAGUAUCAAAAGUAAAAUUGAAAAACUUGAUUAUGAACAAUAUUCAGUAUUACAUUAUACUAUUCGAUAUAAUCAUUUGAAUUUAUCUCGAAAACUUAUUGAAGAAUUUCGUAUUGAUGUUAAUCUUGUUGGUCGUGAUGGUGAAACACCAUUACAUACAGCAGCUCGCUAUGAGAUAUAUAGUACUACGAAUGUUCACAACAAAUCAAUUACAAUGUUAGCUUCAAUUGAACAAAGUGCUAUAAGUUGUUUAGUUUCUCAUCGAGCUGAUUUAUCAAAAAGAGAUAAUCAUGGGCGUACACCACUUCAUCAUGCUGCCAUGAGAAAUAAUUAUAAUAAUGCUAAACAAUUGAUUCAAUUGGGUGCUUCGAUUGAUAUUCGUGAUGGAAACAAUGCAACUCCACUUCAUUUUGCAUCUCGAUAUAAUGCUAUUGAUUGUGUUCAUUUAUUUAUUGAACAUCGUGCUAUUAUUGAUCAACAAGAUGCUAAUGGUAAUACACCUUUACAUUGUAUUGCUUUAUCUCAACAAGUUAUAUUAAAUCACAUAGAAGAAAAUCAUAUGCUUCGAAAUAGAAUUGCUCAUUUUCUAUUACAUACAGCUAAAGAUUAUCUUAAAUUUUAUCUUGAAAUAGAAAAUAAAGAUAAAAAAACUGCAUUAAGUAUUGCUUGUGAAAAUGGUAAUAUUAAUUUAGUUCAAAUUUUACUUAUCUAUGGAGCUAGUAUUCAUAAUUAUAUGCCUAUUCAUAUGACAGUAAAAUCAGGUAAUGUUGAUAUUAUUCAAUUAUUACUUGAAUAUAAAGUUCAAUUAACAUUAAUAAAUAUAUAUGGUGAAACUCCAUUACAUAUUGCUUGUAAAUAUAAUCGAAUUGAUAUAUUACAAAUUCUGAUUAAUUAUCAAAAUGAAAAAUUAAAUUUAGAAGUUCGAGAUUAUCAAGGAUAUACACCAUUAUUAACAGCUAGUUAUUUUGAUCAUCAAAAUUGUAUCAGAAUUCUUUUGCUCAAUAAUGCAAAUAUUAGAGCAAUUGAUAAUUAUGGUAAAACUAUUUUACAUAUUUGUAUUGAACGACGUUGUCAAAAUGCUUUAGAAAAUUGUCUUACAUGGAUUAAAGAAGAUGUUCAUAGUUAUAACAUGUUUAUUAAAGGUGAUCGACAUGGAAAUACUAUACUUCAUGCAGCUGCUAAAAAUGGUUCAUUUAAAACAUGUGAAAUAUUAAUUGAUACAAUAAAAUAUAUUUUAUUACAAACACAAUUAUCGUCUGAUAAUAGAAAUUUAUUUAUUAAAAAAUAUUUAUCAUUAAUUCUUAAAAAAAAUAUUGAUAAACGUACACCCAUACAUGAAGCAGCUAAAAUAGGUAAUUUUUCAAUGCUUAAUUUUUUCUUUCGUAUAAUUAACAAUGAAAAUAUAACAAAUGAAUAUGAACAAAAUAAAAUUACACUUUGUGAAGAUUUUGAUGAUGAACUUAAAACAAGUUUACAUCUUGCUGCAGGUGAAGGUAAAAUUAAAUUGAUAAAAAGAAAAAGAAAAAUUAUUUCAUUAUUCAAAGGUCAUUAUGAAAUAGUACAAUUACUUAUUGAUCAAGGUGCCAAUGUUUGGUCAUGUGAUAUGAAUGAAUCAACACCACUACAUGAAGCAUCUGAACAUAAUCGUUAUCGUUGUGUUGAAAUACUUCUUCAUCAUCAUGCACCAAUUAAUCAAUUUGAUGGAAAACAUAAUACACCACUUCAUCGUGCUAGUCAAUAUGGUCAUUGGAAAAUCGUUCGUUUAUUACUUAAUUAUAAUGCAGAUGUACGUCUUACUAAUUGUGAUGGUUAUAAUAGUUUAGAAGUUGCUAUUUUAAAUAAUCAUCAAUUAACUGUACAUGAAUUUCUUAAUCAUAAAACAUGGACUAAAUCAUUACGUAAUGCACAAGUACAAAUGAUGUUGAAUAAUAAUAUUAAUAGUGUAUAUGAAAAUUUAUCAACACCAUUAAGAAAACUUAUUCGUUAUAUGCCAAAUGAAGCUGAUGAAGUUUUUACACGAUCUAUGAUAGAAAUAGGAAGUUCAGAAGAUUAUUCAUAUAAGAUUAUUUUUAAUUAUGAAUUUCUUGAAGAUCAAUUUUCAAUUUUUAAAUGGAAACAAACAUCAUUCACUUCUACAAUACUUCGUGUACAUCAUCCACAAUAUUAUUAUUCUUUAUUUAAUGCAUCAAUUUCAACGGUUAGUUGUGAAACCAUAUCAUUAAAUCUUCUUCGACAUGAAUCAUUUAUUUUAACAAAAAAAAAUUUUUAUGAUACAAUGAUAAAAUGGCUUUUAUUUAGUACAAUAUUAAUUCAUAUUAUUAAAAAUCUUUUAUUAAUUUGUAUACGUUUUAAAAUGUUUUUUGGUUUAUCGAAUAUUUUAGAAUUAAUUGCAUUAAUUUUAAGUAUUAUUUUUUCACAUGAUUUUUAUUCAUGGCAAAUGUCAAUUCGUUUUCGAUGUUCAUUUCAAUGGCAAUGUGGAGCAUUUGGAAUUCUUAUUGGAUGGAUAACAUUGAUAAUUUAUAUUCAAUUUCUAUCGGCUUCAGGUAUCUAUGUCAUCAUGUUAGAAGUAAUACUUCGAAAAUUUCUUCGUUUUAUUCCAAUUUUAAUUAUAUUUAUUCUUGGUUUUGGUUUAUCAUUUCAUAUGUUAUUACAAAAUCAAAAUGUUUAUCAUCAUACAUUUGAUGCAAUAAUUCGUACAAUAUUAAUGCUUACAGGUGAAUUUAAUUAUGAAGAACAUUUAUAUCGUCAAGAAAAUGAAAAUAAUCAAUAUUAUUAUCAAAUAAUAUUUUUACUUUAUAUAUUAUUUUGUAUAUUAAUAACAAUAUUAACUAUGAAUUUACUUAUAGCAAAUGCUGUUGGUGAAAUUCCACCAUUAAUUGAACGUGCUAAUGUUAAAUAUUCAAUAAUGCGUAUUAAAUUAAUAACAGAUUAUGAAAUAUUUUUAUCAACAUUUGAUUUUAUAAUUCCAUAUUUAAAAAAACGUGUCAAAUAUUUAAUUGAUAAUAAUCAAAAUGAAAUUAUUUAUCCAAAUAAAAUUCAUCGAUAUAAACAUAAAUAUUAUCAUAUUAAAAAAUUUUUUACUGAUCAAAGAAAAAAAUCUUUAUUAAAAACAAAUGAACAAAAAUUUAUAUAA